UAAAUACAGUGUUAUGAUUGGCUUACACGUUGAGUGACACAACCUGAGAUGCGCUUGAUUAACUUACCGGGGAAUGCAAGACGUGCGUUUGUUUCCAGAUACUAUACCUUACAUCACUGACUCCGCACCACUAUGAGACUCUGAACAGCAAAACAUGUGCACACACUUUGCUACCAAGAACUAGCGCGGAGUUUAGAAAGUGUGUACACAUUGGUGGCGGGAGAUGUAAAGAGCAAAGAAUCAACGAUUGUUUGGAUAUUUAAGAUAGCACCAGUAUAAAGCUAGUUAACAGAAAUACCUCGAAGAAACCCAUCGUUGCUUUAAGGGAAGUACAAGAAUGGACGAGUUUGGAGUUUAUGCGGUUUUUGGAGUGAACAGUCCGCCUCAGAGGCUCCUCUGCGCCGAUGGAUCGUCCAAAGUGGCGGUUGCAGUUCCCCCGACUGUCCGACAGGUGGUGCUGUUUAGCAGCGGCCCGUGGGGGGAGAGGAUCUGCGUCAACGCGGAGCUUGAUGAUGCAGAUCGGAUCCCCAUCACCAUUGGCAAACUGACUCCUUACAACAAGUGUUUGUCAUGGGAGCAGUGGGAAGAGGAGACAUGGAUGGACAGCGUCACCCUGAUUGUAACUGUGGAAGGAGGAAACCUGGGGAAACUAGAUUGUUCAGAACCUGAGCUCAUCCUGGCUGUGAAGGAAUACACACCUAAGGACACAGUGGCUCCCCUUUCAGCCCGAGAGCUCAACAUUAAGAGGAAGAGAGAACAAAUAGUCGAAGAAGACUGUGACGAGAAGAAAGUGGCAAAGAGAAGGGACCAAGAGAAUGUUUUUCCCAGUGUUACAGAAAAGACCACACCUUUACGGAAGGUCAGAGGUCAAAACAAAGGCGGCCAAAAGCUGUUCAGCAAUGAAGGAGAUGGAACGAAGACGAAGGGAGCAGGAGAAACACAAGGGAUUGUGGGAAGAACGCCUCCUCAGAGCGCAGUUAGGAUGAAGAGUAAGCAGGCCAAGACUCCCACACAGAGCGUCACGCUGGUCAGUCCAUCAGGUCGCUGGGGUCAAACGCUGUGUCCCAUCGAUGCUCAGACGGCUAUUCUGAUCGGAGGACAGGGAUCCAGGAUGCAGUUCUGCAAAGACCCCAUGUGGAAGCUCUGCACCGAGGACAUGUCCUGGGUGGCAGCGGAGACCAUGGCUGAGGGUCCGACCCCUGAGGCCAGGAUCGGUCACACGGCUGUUUAUGACCCUGACUCUCGGCGGAUCUUUGUGUUCGGAGGCUCCAAGAACAAGAAGUGGUUUAAUGAUGUUCACAUCCUCGACACACAGAGCUGGAAGUGGACCAUGGUGGAGGCACAAGGUAAGGUUCCUCCACUGGCCUACCACAGCUGCAGUAUGUUCCGAGGAGAACUCUUCGUACUGGGCGGAGUGUUUCCUCGCCCAAACCCAGAGCCCGACGGCUGCAGUGACUCCUUGUACAUCUUCGACCCCCACCUCUCCAUCUGGUACCAGCCCAUCGUGACGGGGGAGAGCCCCUCCCCACGCUCGGGUCACUCGGCAUGUGUGAUGCAGGAACGGAAGAUCUAUGUAUUUGGUGGCUGGGACACACCAGUCUGCUACAACGACAUGUACAUGUUGGACCUUGGUCUGAUGGAGUUUUCUGCUGUGAAAACAAAUGGAAAAGCCCCCUCUCCUCGAAGCUGGCAUGGCAGUGCUGUGCUCUCAGAUACACAAUUUCUGAUCCACGGUGGUUACAACGGAAACAACGCUCUGAGUGACACUUUCAUCUUUGAUAUAGAUACUAACAGCUGGACAGAGGUGACGCACCCUCAGCUUUCCAUCCCCAGAGCGGGACACUCCAUCAUCACCAUGGAAACAGCCAGUCGGUACCGUUUCUCUGAGGAAGGCGAAGACGCGGACGUGGAUGCAGGCUCCGUCAGCAGAACUCUGCUGGUGUUCGGAGGCGGAGACAACGAGGGCAACUUCUACUCUGACCUGACGACUGUGGCUGUGGAGGAGCUGCUCAGAGAUAUUUAAAGAAUCUGAGGUGAAUCCUCACUCCCUGAUGCCAUGUGAAGAUAUCUCAGCACCCACACACCUGAGUUUAUUAUUUAUAUCCCUGGAGUUUGUCUUUUUGUGUUGUGCUGAUUAAGCUCUGUCUACUUUCUGUGGUGUUUUUAUGGGAUUUACAGUUUACAGCCUCAUACAAAAGCUAUUCUUGUCACAUCAUCUAAUAAUAAUUUUGUUUUUGCAUUAGUGAUACUCAAUUAUCAAGGAAGAAACACAUUUUUGUAUAUAAUUUAAAGCUCUUCUCAGGCUAAAUAUAAAUGUUUCAUACAUUUUAAUGUGUAAUUUGUGUUCAAAACCACAUCACUGCUAUAAAUUUUAAUCCCCUCCAAACUUUUGCUUGUGUUUUAAUAUAAAAAAUCUCGGCUCUUGUUGCUGUACUUGUUAUCUUUCCUCAAUAAACAUGUGGACUUCUA